AUGUCGGCCCCGGAGGUUACCAAGCCUCAGCCCGAGGCCACUCCCGCCACUUCGAGCGUGGCCAGCGGCGCCAGCACCCCGACCGACAGCUCUGCGCCUUCCAAGAAGGGUGCUAAGAAGGCGGCCAAGCUUGCGGAGAAGGCCGCCAAGCAGGCAGCCAAGGCCUCGACUGCCGCUGCCCAGCCCGCUGCUCCCAAGAAGGAGAAGAAGGAGAAGGAGAAGAAGGUCGAGCUGCCCGCCGAGGAGUGGGUCAACACCACUCCGGAGGGCGAGAAGAAGGACGUCUCAGGCGACCUCUGGGCCGGCGGUUACGACCCCGUCAAGGUCGAGGCGGCGCACUAUGCCUGGUGGGACAAGCAGGGCUUCUUCCAGCCCCAGUACCAGGAGGACGGGUCACCCCUCCCUCGUGGCAUCUUCUCCAUGACCUUCCCUCCCCCCAACGUUACCGGCAACCUGCACAUCGGCCACGCUCUCACUGUUGCCAUUCAGGACGCCAUGGCUCGCUGGAAGCGUAUGCAGGGGUACACGACCAUCUGGGUCCCCGGUUACGACCACGCCGGUAUUGCUACCCAGGCUGUCGUCGAGAACCGCUUGUUGAAGACUGAGGGCCACUCUAGGCACUACUACGGCCGCGAGAAGUUCCUCGAGAAGGUUUGGGAGUGGAAGGACCAGUACCAGGCCAACAUCACCAACCAGAUGCGCCGCCUCGGUGGCUCGUUUGCAUGGGACCGCGUUGCCUUCACCAUGUCACCUGAACUCUCAGAGGCCGUCAAGGAGGGCUUCAUCACCAUGCACGAGAAGGGCCUCAUCUACCGCGCCAACCGCCUCGUCAACUGGUGCUGCUACCUCAACACCUCGCUGUCCAACUUAGAGGUCGACCAGAAGGAGCUCCCCGGCCGCACGCUCAUGAACGUCAAGGGCUACGAUGCCAAGGAGCGCUUCGAGUUCGGUGUCAUCACCUCCUUCAAAUACCCCAUUGAGAACUCUGACGAGUUCAUCAUCGUCGCGACCACUCGUCCCGAGACCAUGCUCGGUGAUACCGCAGUUGCCGUCCACCCAGACGACCCGAGGUAUAAGCACCUCCACGGCAAGUUCGUUGUCCACCCCUUCAACGGCCGCCGCAUCCCCAUCGUCACCGACGCCAUUACCGUCGACAUGGAGUUCGGUACUGGUGCUGUCAAGAUCACCCCUGCCCACGACCCCAACGACUUUGAGUGCGCCCAGCGCAACAACCUCGAGUUCAUCAGCUUGAUGAACGACGACGGUACCUACAACGAGAACGCUGCGCCCUUCGCCGGCAUGAAGCGGUUCCAUGUCAGGAAUGCUAUCGUUGCGGCCCUCAAGGAGAAGGGUCUCUACGUUGGCCAGGAGGACAACGCCAUGUCCAUUCCCAUCUGCUCGCGCUCGGGCGACGUCGUCGAGUCGAUCAUGAAGCCCCAGUGGUGGGUCAGCUGCAAGCCGAUGGCUGAGGAGGUCCUCGAGCGCACGGCCAAGGGUGAGCUCGAGCUCAAGCCCAAGUCCAUGCAGGGCGACUGGACCCGCUGGAUGGAGAACAUGCAGGACUGGUGCAUCUCGCGCCAGCUUUGGUGGGGCCACAGGUGCCCGGCCUACCUCAUGUCUUAUGAGGGCGAGGCCGCGGACAGUGCCGACGAGAAGAACUGGAUCAUUGCUCGCUCUCUCGAGGACGCCACGACGGAGGCCGAGAAGCGCGCCAACGGCCGCAAGUACACUCUGGAGCAGGACGAGGACGUUCUCGACACCUGGUUCUCGUCCGGUCUCUGGCCGUUCUCCACAAUGGGCUGGCCCAAGCAGACCAAGGACCUCGAGAACUUCUACCCCAACUCGAUCCUCGAGACUGGCUGGGACAUCAUCUUCUUCUGGGUCGCCCGCAUGGCCUUCUUCGGCAUUGUCCUCACCGGCAAGAUGCCCUUCAAGGAGGUCUACCUGCACCCCAUGGUUCGUGACGCCUGGGGCCGCAAGAUGUCCAAGUCGACCGGCAACGUCAUCGACCCUCUCGACGUUAUCACUGGCCAGACCCUCCAGAAGCUCCACAACGACCUGCGCCAAGGCAACCUCCCCGACCAGGAGAUCCAGAAGGCUGAGCAGGGCCAGAAAAAGCUCUUCCCCAAGGGUAUUCCUCAGUGUGGUACGGACGCGCUCCGCUUCACCCUCUGCAACUACGCCCAGGGUGGUCGCGACAUCAACCUUGAGAUCAGCCGUGUCGAGGGCUACCGCAAGUUCUGCAACAAGCUCUGGAACGCGACAAAGUUCGCGCUCUUCCGCCUCGGCCUCGUCGACCUCGAGGGCAAGAGGCUGCCGAGCACUUUCGUUCCCAACCCCUCGGCCAAGCCCACUGGCAAGGAGAGCAUCGCCGAGCAGUGGCUGCUGCACCGCCUCAACACCGCUUCCGCGGGUGUCAACGCGUCGAUGGAGAACCGCGACUUUGCCGAAGCCACCAACUACGCGUACCGCUUCUUCUUAAACGACCUGUGCGACAUAUUCAUCGAGGCAACCAAGCCCACGUUCGAGUCGACCGAGGACACGCCCGAGAAGCUCUCGGCCCAGAACACGCUCUACACUGCUCUUGAGGGCGGUCUCAAGCUUCUCCACCCCUUCAUGCCGUUCGUCACCGAGGACCUGUGGCAGCGUCUCCCCCGCCGCGCUGGCGACAAGACUCCCUCGAUCAUGGUCGCCGCCUUCCCCGAAGAGAUCCCCGAGUACAACUUCCCCGAGGCCGAGGCCAACUUCAACCUCGUCAACGACGUCAUCAGGUCGGCGCGUACCAUUGUCGGCCUGUACAACCUGCCCACAAACGGCAAGACUCUUGAGGACAAGAUCACGGUCGUCGUCCAGGCCAAGAAGCCGCAGCUCAAGGCCAUGCUCGAGUCGCAGGCGGCCAUCAUUGUCGCGCUCACCAAGGGUGCAGGCCAGGCCGUCUUCGUCGUCGAGGACGCCGAGGUUCCUCGUGGAAGCGGCACCGAGACGGUCACGGCCGACAUCCACGUCCACGUUCCUGUUGAGGGCAAGGUCGACGCGCAGGCUGAGAUCUCCAAGCUCGAGAAGAAGCAGGCGCUCGCCGUUGGCAACCGCGACAAGCUUGUCAAGGUCACGCAGCAGGACAACUACGAGACCAAGAUUAAAGAGGAGGUCCGUGCUGACAACGCUGAGAAGUUGGACAAGUAUGCGGCCGAGAUCGAAGCGAUCCGUCUGGGUAUCGAGCGCUUCAAAGUUCUUCUGUAG